AUGCUACUCAUCAUCUUGAUGAUGGGUACAGCAUUGGUCUUGGAGUGGGAUACUGUGGACGAUUGGGUCGAAAGUGAUAAGUCGCCGCGCGAAAAAUACGUAAAGAACCUUCUUGAAAGACUGCCACCAUCAUCAUGCGUUCUAGAGCUUGGCUGUGGCCCCGGUGUGCCGGUACUAAACAUGUUGCUGAAUGGUGGAGCCCAGGUGACGGCCAACGACAUCUCUGCAAAGCAGAUCGAGAUGGCUAAAGUUCGCUGCCCGCGUGCAAAGUUCGUGGCUGGUAAUAUGACCACACUCGCGUUCGAACCUGAUAGCUUCCAUGGCGUACUCAGCUUCUACACUCUGUUCCACCUUCCUCGCUCCCAGCUAAGAGACAUGCUCGUCAAGAUCUACAGCUGGCUGAAGCCUGGCGGUCUCUUCGCUUUCAACCUUGCGGACAUUGAUGAAGAGGAGAUUCAUGGCGAGAUGAUGGGGUAUGGAAUGUUCUGGAGCAGUUAUGGAGUGCAUGAGAAUUGCGACAUGUUGGAACACGUAGGCUUCGAGCUGUUGGAGGUGGAGAAAGUAAAGGCAGGCGAUGGCAAGUUGGGAGAAGAUGAACCAGACUAUGAUUCUGAGUUUGUUUGGGUUAUGGCGCGAAAGCCAGAGGUUGAUCGGGGGAAUAUUUAG